GGCCACAAUCAUUUGGAGACCAGUCUGAUGCAAAGGGAUGGGAAUGUUUGGCCUCGAAUAAGUGGCAGAGUGGAGUGCGAGCUCGUGAAAGCGCAGCUCACAUGGACGCUAGCUGGACCUCGAGGCGCUGUGGAGAUGGGCGGUUUUGCCUGAAAUAUGUUGCAGAUUAGUAGCUGGCCUCAUGCAGCAAGUGAGAGGCUGGGAGCACAUGUGUCUCUGUCUCUGUCUGUCUCUUCAUGCAUGCAGAGUGCGCACCCCGAGCAUCUUUGUGAGACGAGUGAAUGAUUGAUUGAUUGGAGGAAUGGGCUGCCAAUUCGAGGGACUGAUUAAGUCCUCUCUGGUAUUCGGAGCGUUUAUUUCCAAUCUAAUCACCAAGUCCACAAUCUGUAGCAUGAUCGACGGUGCACUCAGUUGCAAGUGGUAGAGAACUUCAUCCCUCUGCGCAAGUUUUGGUACAUCAGGUGAGUCGCUGAAGGCUACAGGGAAGCUUAGGCGACAUAGAGUUUUCUGGACUUAUCUGGUGGAGAUAGAAUUAUCUAUAGAAUAGAAUUAUCUCCUGUAAACAGAUGUGAUGUACGACGUUUCGAUACUACAACUAUUGGUUGCAAAGGACACCGGAGCAACUACUGCUGCGUUCGGUUAUGGCACAGCAAUAGGGCGGCGAGGAUUUGAAAGUGCAGGAAAAAUGAACACUUUGCUGGUUUGACGCAAAAUGUAUAUCACAGAUCAUUCAAAUAUACAACUCAAUGCUGGCGACACAAGAGUUUCUUGUUCGUGUACGAUCGUGAGGAUGACCGAUGGAAUUCAAGGGCUUCAUCGGGUACGGCAACUUCCGAGAGAGCAACAUGGAGAAUUAGUGUAGAAUAGUCACCAUUAUUCACCGAGUAUAAAAGAAGCUUCUUGUGAGUACCACACGAUCAAUGGAUGAGGGAAGGAAUAGUAAUGUCUGCUGUUUUAGCAGUUCACCAUUUCACUACAAGAACGGGAAAGGUCUCUGGAACAUACUCCAUGAGAAAGUUUUAACGACACAGAAAGAAAGGAAAGAAUGAAAACCACUGAACGUACCGAAGAAGUUGAAUGAAUGAAUGGUUGGAAGCAAAGAAAAGAAAAGCCAGUUGUGGGAAGGAAGGAAUGAGAAAGUAAACAUUCAAAAAAGAAGACGUGUGAUCCCAGUCAACGCUGUAGCAAAAGUCUACAGCUCAGAGUAUCUGCAUCAAUUCAGCACCACUGUCACCCUUCGAAAGGUUUCAAAUGACAUGAAAGGUUGCAAAAAAAAUUUGCAGCUUGACUGUAGAUCUACUGCAGUGAGGGAUCACAUUCCACAUGAAGCCUUAGUAAGUGAGGUACCUACGCUAGGAAUCAGGCAGGGACGACUCGCACCAAGAUUGAUACUUGCAGGACAAGUGGGAAAGUACCAUAUUAUGAUUGAAAGUACCGACAAGGCUAUCAGAGUCGCAAACGAUGGUAAACAAAGUGUCAGAAGCAUGAACAAUUUAUGGUGACCGUUUCGAGAGGCAUUUCGCCUCUCGAAACCUCUCGAAACCUCUCGCAACCUCUGCUUCUUUUUGCGUGCCCUUAUUCCAUAUGAAGUGUACGGGAUGGCAAGAGUUGUUUGCCGCGCUUUGUUUGAUGAAGAAGCCAGUCUUACUCAAGUUCAUAUGGUACAAAGACUUUUCACAGCGAAGAUUAUUCGUUGCCCUCUUUCAGUUGCAUGCAGGUGAGAUCAUUGCAGAUUGCAGAUUUUCCCUGUUCUUAGAUCCUUCAGAUUUCUCACGUGCCUCCGAAGAAUUUCAUUACAUUUCCUACUGUACAAAAGAGUUGAACCAGGUCUAGAUUUCUAAACUGGCAAUUGCCUUGUUUGAUGUACAUACCUAAUACCCCUCAUCUGCUCUUGUAUCUUUGGGCAGACGUUCACUCUAGAUCGUGUCAAAACGUCAGAAAUUGGCAAAAGAUGGGGUUCUGUUUCCACGCAUCUAUGAGACUCUAUUUCAAGUUCAUCCUACGUUCACUUGGAGCUUUGACUUUGCAAAACCCUAAUAUAUGCUUAACCGAGUGCACCCAGUCAGUCAAAAUUACUGGGACCCUGAGUACGCAUAGUCUGCAAGAGAGGACCGGUUGUUUUCUAACUUUGAUCACAUACGACUUUAGAAGAGAAGCUCACUUCAGGUUGGAGGCUGCACCCACAUGCCACGAGCUCCUUCUCUAAAGUUUCAGCAUUUUGGAACUGGAUUGCCAACAUUCCCACCUUCGCUGCUGCUUCUAUAUUCCGUGGC